UCUUAUUGAUUAAACUUUUCAGUAUCGAGCCUCUUGAUAUAAACAGAUAAACCGAGAAAGUCCCAUCAGUAUCUAGGUAGUGCUUCACUGUAAAAUUCAAGCGUUCAAAGCAUUUAAAAUGAAAUUUCUCAUUGGUUUGCCUCUUCUGCUAGCUGUGUGUCUGCAUCAAGUUCAAGCUGUUGCAGAACCCUGUGACAGUUCCAAAUGUGAUAUUGCUGAGAAUUGUCGCUGUUCCACAACAAGCGGACCUCUUGGUCUAGAAGAAACUCCUCAGCUCAUUGUGCUGGCUUUCACCGAUGCCGCCACCGAUGAUAUCUACAAGAACAGAUGGUCUCCUCUGGUAGAGCCCCGAACCAAUCCAGACGGAGAGUAUGUUUCAGCUACUUUCUACAUCAAUCACGAGUACAGCAACUACCAAAUCGUUCACGAUCUUGCCUCCUAUGGGUUUGAGAUUGGGGUCCAUUCCGUUUCCAACAAUGUUAACCAGUCCUACUGGAGAAACGCUGACCAAGAGCUACUGGAGAGGGAGUUUGGCAAUCAACGAGAAAUUAUCUCCAAGUUCGCCAAUAUUCCUGAAGAGUACAUUGUGGGUACAAUCACUCCCCAGCUUCAGCUUGCUGGUGACAAUUCGCUGAAGGCUUUCACAGCCCAAGGUUUCACCUACGACAAUUCCUGGCCAUCCAAGCUGCGCUACUUUCCUUAUACUUUGGAUUAUGCGUCUACGCAAGACUGCGACAUUGGGGCCACAUGCCCUACUGAAGCUUACAAAGGCUUUUGGGUCGCUCCUAUUGUCGAUUUGAUCAGUGAAGAUGGUGACGUCUGCAACACUCUUGCUGGAUGCUUCCGUAGCAGAAAUGACCAAACUCCGCAGGAAAUUUCCGACUGGAUUGUCGAGCAAGUUGAAACAGUGAAAGCAGCAAACAAGGCACCACUCACUUUGAUCAUCGAGGAAAAUUUGUUCACUAGUGUGGAAAACUCUUGGGAGGGCUUAAACGAUGGGCUCGAUCGAAUUCAGGAAGCCAAUGAUGUGUUUUUGGUCUCGCAAGCCAGAGUCAUUGAAUGGAUUAAGAAUCCUGUUCCAUUAUCCGAAUUCCGAACAUCCGCAGUUGAGGUUGAUUUGGGCUGUGUGAAAGCGAGUUGUAAUUUGGAAAACCUCGAAGGACAGAAUCGACUGAUGGUUUCAUGCGUCCCCUGCCCGAAGAGUUACCCUUGGUUGGGCAACCCCGAAGGAAAUUAGUGGAAACGAUUUCCAUACUGUCCAAAUACUGUACAAAUAAAUUAUAGUUGAUA